AUGCGUCGCCUCAAUCUGGUGCUCUUAGCAUCGCUGCAGCUAUGCCAAGCUCGGCAGCCCACGUUCAGUGUUCACGAGGAUCUGCUUGCGCAUCCCCAGUUCGAGGUGGUCUUUUCUGAUGAGUUCAUCUCCGAAGCCGAUGCCCUUGCGAUUCUCGAGUCCCCGCCCACGCACACCGCCGAGCCUGGUCUGAGUAAAGUGCGUGAAUCCGCGCCUGCCGAGAUUUCGGCGUCGAAAAGCGGAAGUGGCACAAGUACUAGCGACAAUGGGGAGGAAGAGGACGAUGACGACGCCCCGAUUGCGGAAACAUACGAGCUGAUCAACCAUGAUCCAUGGCGCUACCUCUGUUCCGUGCCCGUCAUCGCUCCGCCGCCCACACUCAACCGAACGGCCACCGAGUUGGCGAAGGCUGAGGAGGCCCGGGAGCUAACUAGGGCUUCGGCUAAGGGCUGGGAACUCAUGAGCGGUCUUGACGGGCAGUGCUUAUACUUUAUGUCGGGGUGGUGGAGCUACAGUUUCUGUUACGACGAUACGGUUGUGCAGUACCACGCUAUCGCGGGGGCCAAGCCAGGCGAGCCACCCGUCCGAGACGAGACCACACCGGAAUACGUCCUGGGGAAAGUCCAGCACAAAACAUGGAGAUCGAAACGCGGGACUGGGGAUGAUGAUGCCGAGGCGGACGGCCAGACGAAAAGCCUCGCACCACCCGAUGCGCAACUUCAGAUCAAGGGCGACCAGCGCUACCUCUCACAGCGCCUCGAAAGCGGGACGAUUUGCGAUCUAACGGGCCGGCCACGCACCAUUGAGAUCCAGUACCACUGCAGCCCCAGCGCGACGGGGGACAGAAUCGGCUGGGUCAAGGAGGUGACCACCUGCACGUACAUGAUGGUGGUCUACACCCCGCGGCUCUGCACCGACGUGGCCUUCCAGCCACCCAAGCCGACCCGUGCCCACCCGAUCCGAUGCCGGCAGAUCAUCAGCAACGAAGAGGAGGAACUCGCAUGGCGGUACAACAAGCUGAUCGCGACCGGUGAUCUGCUCAGCCAGAAACCCAAAUCUGCCAAGCCGGCCGGCAAGGAACUGCCGCCGAACCACUUCGCCGGUCUUACCGUGGGCGGGGUCGUGGUGGGGUCUAAGAAGCACGUCCGCGAUGCGCACGCCGACAAGCUGCCGUUGCCUCGAACUGGGGCACGCAACCUGGUCGGGCCGGUGAUGAAGAUUCUCGCUAGUAGAAAGCCCGGCUCCCCCAAGGUGGACCUGCUGAGCGACGCCGAGCUGGAGAAACUCGACCUCGACCCCAAGCUGGUCAAGGACGGCGUGGAGGAGAUGGAGAGUGUCGCUGGGGACCGGGGCUGGUCGUUGCAGUAUGUUAAAGACGGCGAUGAGGUCGAGUACUACGGGGUUUUUGACGGUGAGGAGGAGGAUCUGUACGGGGGGUUGGAGCCGAUGGAGGGGGAGGAAGGGGGGAGAAAUAAGGGACAGGGUCGGACGGCUGAUGCGGAGGAGGGUCAAGAGGGGGAAUGGCAGGAGGAAUAUCAGGAGGGGUCGCAAGAGGAGUUUUUUAAGGAGGAGCUGUAG